ACCCAUUUGGUGAGCAGAGUUGAGUAUCGUUUUGGUAAUCUACUUUGAAUUUUAAGGAUCUGAAAACAACUACGUGUCUCUUUUAGGUGCUUGAUUAGUCUGUCAGCUAGGACUAAUUAUUAGUAACAACUAUAAACUGGUGAUUCUGAUUACGCACAGACGCUAGCUUAAAUGAUUGCUUAAUCCAAGUGUGCCGUUCAAGCAUCACAGCCUAACUUUUACUGCCGCCUUCACCAAACAACAUAUGCUAUGUUAUGUUUGCCUUGUGAAAUUAUUAGAUGACUUCUCAUCUGUAAUGUAACAUUUCAGGAAGAUAAAAUAGGACUGUUGACUUGGGUGUCAUUUAUUUUAGGAAGAUUCAAAUGUGUGCAAUCAGAUACUUAUUCUGAUUGUGUAAAGCUGAAAUAAGAUAAGCUUGAUUUCUGAUGGGAGGACAUCUAGGUUUCAGUGAGAGAUUCAGAUCUGUUAUGAUGGGUAUGGGAAGACUUCUAGGUUUCAAUGAGAGAUUCAGAUCUGUUAUGAUGGGUAUUUGCUGAUAUUGGGUAAUGUUGAAUUUCAUUUGAUGGGUGUUGUCAGAAACUGAAGAACUUUGAUGGGUAUUUCUGUAAAGCGAAGAUACUAAGAGUUUUGGGUGUGAUCAGAGCAAAUCAUAAAAACUAAAAUGCAGGAGACUGUUACCUUUCCCCCAUCUCCUCAGCAACAGACUACAAGCGAAAAGUCCUCAAGCUCAGCAGGAGCCCAAAUAGGGCAACUAAAAGAUGUUAAUGAGAGUGACGACGAUAUCAGAAGAGUUCCUGAAAUGGGAGUAGAAAUGCAAGCAAUAGGUGGGUCAUCUACCUCUGUGGUUGCAAAUCAGCUGGGUAAUCCCCCUCACACAACUACUGCUAAUGCUCAAAGGAAGAGAGGAAGAACCCCUGUAGACAAAGAGCACAAGCGUCUUAAGAGAUUGCUGAGGAACAGAGUGUCGGCUCAGCAGGCAAGAGAAAGAAAGAAAGCGUACUUAAAUGACUUAGAAACAAAGGUCAAAGACUUUGAAAAGAGAAAUGCUGAGUUAGAAGAAAGAGUUUCUACCCUGCAGAAUGAAAAUCAAAUGCUGAGACAGAUUCUCAAGAAUACAACUGGUAAAAAGAAAGGAGCUGGUACCUCGGGAGCAGAAGCAUAGGUUUUCUGGAUAUAUGAUUAUAUGACAGGAAGUGGCACAAGUAGAGAUUUUGUUGGUACCCUAAAAUUUAAGUGAUUCUGUAUUCAGGGUUGAAGUCAAAGAGCCUGUAAUGAAAGAUACGGUGAUCUGAUAUAGAAAGUGUUUGUAUGAGUCUCUGCUAGAUUUACUAUUACGAACUUCAAAUAUUGUAAGCAGACAAAUUAGAUGUAAGAUUGUAUAAAGAGCAUUUGGUGGCAAAGAUCUCAUCUUACAACAUACUGUGCUACAAUGUGAAGAAUCUGUGUUUGCUUGGUAAAGGCAGUGCUGUGCAGGACAUACAGUAAGCAUUUGUUUAUAUCCUUCAAUAACAUGGGUCUUGUCUUAAUUCCAAAGCUCAAAUAAAGUUGAGGCAUGUUAAUAGUGAGCUAUUACUUAUAUUUCAGAAUUCAAGCCAAAGAUGAACCAAGUUAUUGAAUCUGAUCAAAAUGGACUUUUCAACUUUCAGGCACUCGGAAGCUGGAGAAGCUGCAAAUGCAAGUUUAUUUGCACAUUCAUUCAAAGUAAAUCAUGUAACUAAAAGAGCUCAUAUUUUUUACUUUAAUCAGAUCUACAAUGGGCUUGUCUCGUGUACUGAUGCUCUAAUAGCAGAAAUGUUAAAUGGUCCAACUUCUUCUUGAGCA